AUGGCUGUCCCUACUGAUGCUACCACCAACCCCUGUGGAUCACCAUCAGUUGUAGAACAAUCUCAGCUAGAGGAUGUUAUUAAUGCGUUAAUGCAUUUCGCUGACCAAGGAGACUCUCGUGGUGCGCUGAAUCAAGAACGGAACUCGGCGAAAGAACGUCUGAAAGAGCAAGUCGAGGAAACACAUAACAUGUAUUCCGCCAUGAAAGGCUUUCCUACACAUCUAGAAGUGCAAAAUCAACGCAAAAUUGAGGCGGAAAAGGCCCUUGAGACAACAGAGAAAGAGCUCGAAAAAGCCAAGAGACUACAAAGGGAUGCAGCCAAAGCCAUUGCCUCUCGUCUCAUUAUCAAAACUGCUCCUACCACCGAUAACUCGAAGCUUCUCCAAGAACGUUGCCAGAGCUUGGAGGUGAAAGUGAAGGAUCUUGAGAAGACAAUUGCUUGUAUGAAUCAUAAAGACAGCGAACGACGUUUCCGGGAUAUUGAAGCCGAUCAUCGUGAGGUUAUUAGCAAGAUCGGAAAAAGCGAGUCACAAAUUGUAGGGAAGAUUUAUAACAGCGAAGCUAAGGCAAUGCGCGAAUGUCAGAAUCUGUCUGAAAAAUAUACAAAACUUGAUCAACAGCAUCAAGCUACCCGAAGUGAACUUGCUUCAAUGACAUCCCGUCUGGAUAGUUAUGGAAACUCUAUAAAAAAGCUUGAAGCGUCGAUCAAAAUUUCAAAGGAGGAGAUGACUACAUCCCAGCAUCAUGUUAACAAAGAAUUUGCCACGCUGAAAGCUAAUAAUGAUGAUAGUAUUCAUCAACUUGCAGAGAAAGUUGUAGACCUUGAGAAGUCAUUCGGUACUUACAAGAAUUCUCUGGAAUGCUUGAGUUCGUCAAAUAUGGAAAGACUUGGUCGAUUGGAGAAUGAUAAGACAAGCGUUGUUGUGCUCCUAAACGCUCACAAGGCCAUCCUUGAAAAGGUUGAAAAUUUCCAGGUGGUAUUAAAUACUCUUCAGGAUAAGGUCAUUCGACUGGAGCAUAUCCCUCAAACUUCGUCCAUUUCGGCUCCCCAGGCCACGUCAAAAGCAUUAACUGGAUCGAGCGCAACAAUGAUUGGGGUGGUCCACACUGGACUACGUGAUGUAAAACAGGACGUAAAGCUCGCUGAAGAAAGGCUCGACAAAAUAGAAGCUCUUCUUAGAUCCACUAGCCGUACUUCUUCACAGGAAGCUGCUCUAAUCAAAGGGUGGCAAAAUAGCACGACUCUAAAUUACGAAUCCAGGCUAACUGCAUUGGAGGAAUCUUUUAAAAACAUGGAUUCUAUCAACGUGAACGAGGCAGUCGCAAAAUUGUCGCCGUUCUCCACUGCAGCGCAAGAUGUUGCAGAUUUCAAGAGGGCCUUCGAAACGUACAGACACGAGCGGAGCCAGGUAGACCAAGCCAUCAAUCAACGCGUUGAGAAGUUCGGCGCCGAAAUACAGUCAUUACAAAAGAGUAAUACGGUUAUGGAAGAACAGAUCAAAAUUAUCACAGGGAAAACGGAGUCGAUCCCUGCUCUCCAAGCUGGCCUGGAUGAACUUUUGAAAAAUAUAAAUGCCCUCGCUCAAUCGUCAACUCUGAUGGAUAAUCAACUCAAUAUUUUGACCAAUAACCAAAACGGGAAUACUAUUGCCAUAACUCAUUUGUCUAGCCGAAUGAAUAACAUAUCGACAGGAGAUCUAGCGAAGAGCAUGAUGGGCCAGCUAGAAGUGCUUUAUCCGGAUUUAAAAAAUGCUGAAAGGAUCAUCUCGGACUUGAGAAUGCAACAAUCCGACCAUACGAUCCAAUUGGAGAAGUUGAAUAGCCGAAUGAUCGAUUUUGAAAGCCAAACUACCCGCAAACAAUCUCCGGCAGCUAUAGGUAAUCCAGGUACAGAGUCUUUACGCCAGGAAGUGGAUGCAUUGACUAAGGACCAGCUUAACCUCGAAAAAAGUGUUACGACCUACCAUAGUGGCUUAGCUGCACUGAGAAAGGAUCUCAAGGCUCUAAAUGAUGCCGUCAAAGAUCUGGAUGGGCAGGCCGAGGAGCAAAAGAAAACUCUAGAUGGAAUGCGCGACGAGCUCGUCGAAGAGGUCGCAGACUUGUCAGUCAGGGUAGAUGACCUUUACUCAUCUAGAAACAACAAUACCAGAGGGUUCGCAGACAAUAGCUCCACGCCCGAACCGUCUGCCUCGGCUUUAGUCCUGCGAUCUUCCACAGUUGAAAUUGGUUUAAAUGGAAAAAAGAGAAAAUAUGUGACAGCUGCGGCGUCUUCAGAGCAUGGAGCUUCUAUCAAUGGCCAUACCCGAAGCCCCUCGAGAAAGAAGAAGAGAGCCGAGGAUGACAACGAGGACAUCGAGAGGCUCGAGUAG